AUGUCGGUCUUUCGGGCAGCGCAAAUCGAGAGAUUGAGCUGCACUGCUCCCAAUGUGAGUGAAAUCGCCAUACAAGCCGAUUGUGACGUUGAUGAUAAUGAACCGCAGAAAGAAGAACAUGAUGUGUUAGACUUUAGCAGUCCAUUUCUAUUCAGUGAUGCUGUUCUAAUUGUUCAAGGUAGAAAUCUUCAUUGUCAUCGUGCUAUUCUAUCCAUCUAUUCACCAGUAUUCAAAGCUAUGUUUCAAAAUCGAUGCAUUGAAAAUCAAAAAAAUGAAGUUGUUAUUCCAGUUGAUGAGUUUGAUGACAUAAGGGAAAUGUUGCGUCACAUGUACACACCUGGUGGUUGUGAUAUGACACCCGAAACAGCUGAAAAGUUGCUACCUAUUUUACAUCGAUACCAAAUCGAUUCUAUGGUUAGCUUGGCUGAGAGGACACUUACAUUUCGUCUCAAUGAUGUAACUGCACCAUUGUUUCUUCGAAUAGCUGAUUUAUAUGGUCUGAGUAGAUUACGACAAGCAGCUUUGGAUUCUUGUGCUCGUUUAGAUUAUGGUCGGAUGGUUAAAGCAUUUGAAGAAAUAAAUCUGUCAAUGGAACUUAAAAAUGAAGUACUUGAAAGAAGGAUAAAAGUUUUGGAAAAAUGUCUCGUAGAUAUUCAACAGAGUUUUACUCAUUCGUGUUCACGUAUGGAAAGUCGUGCUGAACGUGUUCCUUCCAAUCACUGUUCAUUACAUUGCCGUCCGUUUUCAACAAUCACUUUUAGUCCCGUUGUAAACAAUGCAACAGGACCGUCAACCAAUAAUAGUGCAGACCAGCAUUUACAGAAUAAUAAUGCCAAUGAUACUGUGCAUAAUGACGUGGCUGCAAGCAUAAUGCCAUUUUCAGUUGCUAGAAAUAUGGAAAUGCGUACAGGUGGGGAUAAUGGUAAUAAUGAUACCACACAAAGAGAAGCAGAUACAAAUUUAUCCAAUACAACAACUACUACAACCACUGCAGUAAUACCACCAAUUUCUAAUACUCCAUUAAUAACAGCUGUUUGUGAACAAUGUGUAGAACAAUUCAAAACUCAUAUACAGGAAUUGUGUAAAAGAGGAUUGCAUAAAAUACCGAUUAUCACUUGCAGAAAUCCUUGA